GAGCAUGUCAUUAGACAAUAUAGAACACUGUAUUCAUCUCUGAGUCAUUCCUGAUCUCCUUUUACUGUUUCUGUUAUAGAUUUCAGGAGCUGUUCAAAGCAAAGUUGGGCUUUCUGGGAAAUGAAGAAAAGGAUUCAUAUGUGAUUGCAUUUCUUUUAACGCUGAUGGAGGACACUGGAGCAGACUUCACUAUGACUUUCAGACAGCUGAGUGAAGUAACCCUGUCCCAGCUUCAGAAGGGAUCCAUUGAUCCGUCAUUGUGGGCUCUUUCAGACCUCUCGUCACACAAGCAUUUCAGAGACUGGGUUCAGCUGUAUUUACAGCGUCUGUCAAGGCUAAGAAGUGACUCAGAUGCAGCACGGCAGCACAGAAUGCAAGGAGUAAACCCACGGUAUGUGUUGAGGAACUGGAUGGCUGAAUCUGCUAUCAGAAAAGCAGAGAAAAAUGACUUUUCAGAGGUGGCGCUGUUGCAGAAGACUUUAAUGGAGCCGUUUAUGGAGCAGGAAGAGGCUGAGAGAGCCGGAUAUGCCAGUAAACCUCCAUCCUGGGCUCAGCAGCUGAGGGUCAGCUGUUCCUCCUAACUCAGGGUCGAAUGGGAAAAAAAAAUCACAAAUUUCAGCAUCAUUUGAACCAAAAAUAUUGUUUAUGACAUUGUAAUCACACUUCCUAAUGGAUGAUUUGAUUGGAGGAUGAGCCAUGUUCGACGUUAUAUACGUAUGUACAUAUAUGCCCGUUAUAUAUGGACAAUGGACAUGGAUGUCUUUUGUAAU